AUGGAAACAUUUAAUCCUGUAGAGACAUCUAAAAUGAUAUUGAAAAAGUGCAAUGUCGUUAAAGAUAAGAAUCCUAAAGUUCCCAUAUUACAUUAAGGAUCUGGUCAUCUGAUAUCGACCAUGGAUAAAUCAAUAUAGGAUGUUUAUAGAGAGUUGUAUCAUGUAGAUUUUAAGAGGUAUGAUUGA